GGGGACGAAACGUGACAGGGACCCUCGGACAAACUUCUCUCUUACUGUCUUGGUCUUCUCUCGUAUUCUCAACCACUUCGCGGGACGAGAUAUAGAAAUUGUAGGGGAAAUGAAAUAAAUAAAGGAAAAUCGGACGAGAUGGCGUUGGAAUAAAAACUGGGUUCCAUCCGAAAAUCCAGCAACUGGUUUCCACACUCUCUCUCUCUCUCUCUCUCUCUCUCUCUCUCUCUCUCUUUCUGCUGCUGCUGUAUUCGUUGGAUUGAUCAUGCAAACGGCUCAGGCUCAUCCUCCGCCUUCUACAACGUCUGCCGAGAUUCCGUCUCAGAUCAUGUCGAGGGAAAUCGUGCAGAAAAACAUUGUACCGGUAAAAAUUGAUGGAAUAGCAGGGUGCGUUUCUUUUACUCACGCUGCGACAGAAGGUCAAGGAAUGGCUAUUUCAUCAGGAUAUGAAUAUGAAGUAUUCUUGAGCUUCAGAGGAGAAGAUACUCGAACAAGUUUUACUGACUUCCUUUAUACUAGUAUGAUAGAUGUGGGAAUCCGUGUCUAUAAGGAUGACGAAGAGCUCUGCAAGGGGGAAAAUUUUGGCCCGGAACUUCUCCGAGCAAUUAAUCAAUCAAAGAUCUCAAUACCUAUAUUUUCGAAAGGUUAUGCCUCUAGUGUAUGGUGUCUCAAGGAGCUAAUCCAGAUGGCCGAGUGCCAAAAAACUAGGGGACAAAAGAUUAUGCCCAUUUUUUAUGAUGUAGCACCUUCAGAGGUUCGACACCAAAUUAGAGGUUAUGGAGAGGCCUUUCUUACACAUGAAAACAAGAAGCGAUAUGAUGAAGAGACUAUGCGUAAGUGGAAGGCUACUCUCAACAUGGUUGGAGAACUAGAUGGAUGGGACUUGCAAAAAAUGGCCAACAGGAAAGAAGGUGAGAUGGCAAAAAUAGUUACCCAGAAGGUUUUCAAUGAAUUGAAAAAGGCUUAUCUGGUGGUAUCAAACAACUUGGUCGGUGUGGACAGUCAUGUGGAUAAAAUCAUGGAAGAGAUAGAUGCUCAUAUAAAUGAAACACAGAUUGUAGGAAUUCAUGGGAUGGGUGGCAUUGGAAAGACAACAAUUGCCAAAAUCAUAUACAAUGAGCUUUCCAACAAGUACGACAAUUGUUGCUUCCUUUCCAACAUCCGUGAAACGUCAAAGCUCAAGGGCAUUGAGUACUUGCAGCAGCAGCUCAUCCAUGACAUUCUUAAGACGAAAUGGGUGAAAAUAACAAACAUUGAUGAAGGGAUUAAGACCAUUAAAGAAAGGUUGCCUAAUAAAAAAGUCCUCAUUCUUCUUGAUGAUGUGGAAGAAAAGGAUCAUAUGGAUGCACUUGUCGGUAAGCGUGAUUGGUUUGGCGAAGGGAGCAAACUUAUUGUUACUACAAGAAGGAAAGAUGUUCUCUAUGUUCCGGAAGUGGAUUGGAGGUAUGAGCUUACGUGCUUGGAUCCAAAUCUAUCUCUUCAACUUUUUAGCAAACAUGCUUUUAGAAGAGAGUCUCCUGUAGACGACUAUAUCAGCCAAUCCGAGAGGGCGAUACGCAUUGCCGGAGGUCUUCCAUUAGCCAUUGAGGUCAUAGGUUCACUUUUAUCCGACAAAAAUAAGGAAAAGUGGGAUGACACAUUGAAGAUGCUAGAAAGUGUUCCUCAUGAUAAAGUUCAAAAUAAGUUGAAAAUAAGUUAUGAUGCAUUAGAUAAUCGGCAGCAGCGUAUAUUCCUUGAUAUAGCUUGUCAUUUCAUUGGAUGUUGCAAAGACAUUGUGGUUUAUUUUUGGGAUGCAUCUAAACUUUUUCCGGAAGCAGCCAUGGAAGUUUUGCGGAACAUGUCUUUAAUAAAGAUUGGAGAAAAUAAUAUAUUGUGGAUGCAUGAUCAACUUAGAGACCUUGGAAGAGAAAUAGUUCGUCAAGAAAGUGAGAUGAAUAUAGAGAAGCAACGUUGGGUGUGGAAUCCCGAGGAUGGAUUAAAUCUGCUAAGGAUACAUGAGGAAAAGAAAGAAGUUCAAGCUCUUCAUCUCAGGUUUGAUGAUCAAUGCCCUUUUACCUAUAAGGAAUUUAAGAGCCUGCCAAAUUUAAUGUUCCUUGAAGUAGACGACUUAAAGGAAAAUUUUCAUGCAAAAAAGAUGUUUCUUUGGCUCAAAUGGCCAUCAUAUGCUCUUCCAACUAAUUUUUUCCAGAGGAAUUCAGAUCUCCUUCCACGAUUACGAUGGCUUUCUUGGCAUAAUAUUUGCCCAACAUUUAAGAUUGCAAAUUUCUUCGUAGAGAAUUUGAUUAUCCUUGAUCUAUCUUGGAGUGAAAUUACUCAUGAUUGGAAGGGGUGGAGCCACAUGAAGGCGACUAAGAAUUUGAAAGUUCUGAAUCUGGCCCAUUGCCGACGCUUGAAGAGAACCCCCAACUUCUCAACUCAUUCAAAUUUAGAACGUUUGAUCUUAUUAGGCUGUAUAUCAUUAAUCAAAAUUGAUAGAUCAAUUUGUCAGUUGAAACGCUUGGUUUUCUUAGAUGUAACCGAUUGUUGGAGUCUUCAGAGGCUGCCGAAUGAGCUAGGUAGAGAUCUUGCAAGCCUUGAAUACCUAUCUCUAAGAGGAUGCUUGAGUUUGGAGAGGCUUCCGGAGACAAUCGGGAAUUUGGAAUCGCUGAUUGAGUUGAACAUAAGUUACAUGACCAUCAAAGAACUACCCAAUUCCAUCGAAAAGUUGAAGAAUUUGAAAGUAGUGAAUAUGGAGUAUAAUGACGUAAGCAAAAUACUCGAUGCCUUUUGGACGAUGGAGAAGCUUGAAAUAAUAAAACUCAUCGGCAGGAACCACAGGGAUCAUUACGGGCACGUGGAAUUUGGUGAUUGCAUCUAUGAGAAUAAAUCCUUGAGGAUCUUGAGAUUGAGAGGGGUGAGAAUACACGCCCUACCAAGGCUUCCUAAAAGUCUCAUCGAAUUAGAACUGGAGGAGUUGAGGGUGGACACGUUUCCGGAUCUCUCAAAUCUCGCUAACUUAAAGGUAUUGCAUCUGGGCUUUUGCCCACAUAAUUGUGAUGGGAAAUUUGAUGGGCUUCUGGAAGAACCGAUACCACAGUGGAUUGAGAACUUAAGCAAAUUGGAAUCUCUGGAACUACUCUUUUAUAAGGAGAUUGCCUCAUGGACAGACCUCAACCUCUCUCCUCAUCUGCGUCGCCUCCCGAGGCUUCCCUCAAAUUUAUCCUCCUUAUGUCUCUCUGGUUGCGACUCACUUUGCUCGAUGGAUCUAUCGAAUCUGAGGAAACUAUCGUCUCUCUCGAUUGUUUACUCUGCAGUUGCAGAGAUUGAAGGCCUUGGUUGUUUGGAGAACCUACGAGAUUUGGACCUUCACUGCGUCGGACAGCUAGCGAAGCUACCUGAUCUAAGCAAGUUAAACAAGCUAAGGCAUAUUGAAGUAUGGGGGUGUGGUAAUUUGGUUGAGAUUCAAGGCGAACUACCAUGGUUUAUGGAUGAACUUAGAAUUUAUUCCUGCGAUUCAUUUCAGGAGUUCCCUAAUCUGUUCAGCUUAAUGGGUAAGACAGAUGUUUAUAUUUGUAUUCGCAAUCAGAUGUUUGGAUAUACAGGUGGACAUCGGUUGCUACUUCGUGGCUUUAAACAGAUGCAGAUCCCCGAUCUAAGCAAUUGGAAUAGACUAACAAUUCUUACACUAGAAUCUUGUCAUAAUCUGGUUGAGAUUCAAGGCGAACUACCCCAAUCUUUGGAAAAAUUGCGGAUUCAAUGCUGUGAAUCUUUACAGAAGUUGCCUGAUCUAUCAAGCUUGAAGGGAUUGAGAAAGGUUACAAUAAGACAUUGUGGGAAAUUAGCGGUGGAGGAAAUUUCUCGGCUUUGCUUGGAGAAGUCAAUCAAAUUUGUGGGAGGAGACGAUGAAGAUGAAGAAGACAAAUUACCGGUUUGGCCAACAAUACUAAGAUAUGAAAGAGGACGAUGGGCAAGACGAUGAAUAAGUGCACGUUGCACUUGGAAGCUUUUUGAUGCACGACCACAAAUUGUUCCCUCAUGUUCAAACCUUAAACGAAUCGAGGAAAGGUGUGCUUCUUAGUGGGAUUUGCAAAUGUUAUGGAGAAGUCAUAAAUGAGAGAGCCACCGCAAUUCCGAGAUUAUCAGUGUGGCAGCACUGGCUAAAGCAGCAGUACCAGAAUAUUUUAUCUCAGCAAUGAUGCCUUCAAUCAUAGCAAUCUUUGAUGGGCACACUGACAAAAAUCAUUCUGUGCAGCAAACAUCGCCUACAAGAGUAACUAAGAGAAUGCAGCAUUUGCUAUACCAGUAGAGAAGGAGCGCCGUUUUGCUGAGACUUGAGAAUUGCACUCACUUACAAAAGAUUGGUAAGAAAAAGAGAGCACAUUCCCUUGGGGCUGCCUUCAGUAAUAGAACUGUGCAUUCUAAAGCAAUAUUGGCAUUGUUUCUGUCAUGAGAUCCACUCAAUUCCAAGAAAACACUGGCACUGCCACCAAAGUUGGUUAUGUGUCAUAUGUUACUCGCCACCUUAGAAGAACUUUCAUCAAGUAGUGGUGGCUCUUCCAUGCACGCAGAACCUUUCAUAGAACCUAGUGAUCGUAAAAGAAGAGCUUUACACAAGCCAAGCGUCAAUUUGAGAAAUUCUUCCAUAUUCUUCACAUGUACAAACUCCAAAAGGAUUCCAAUCCGCCAUACUACUUUCAGUUGAGAAAGCAACUUGGGAUCCAUUUCUGGAAUCGAUACCUAAGCCACGCACAGCUCAACAUCAUUCAU